AUGGAAAAGGAGGGAUACGUGAAAGGCAAGAAUAUGUCCAGCUGCGUGUACUCUCGGAGAAUACGUGAGAAGACUGUGCUGCCUGUUCUCGAGCCUGAGGUGGUUCUGGAGCCAGAUACAGUUGUUGAGCCUGAGGUGGAGUUGCCUGUUGUUAAGUUCACUACUGAUGUGGAGGAGGAGUCAGAGCCAGUUGUCGAGGUUGAUGUUGAGGUCUCUGUUGUGAAGCCGAGUGCUGAGGUCGCUACUGAGGUGGAGCUAGAGUCAAUUGUCGAGCAUGAGGUGGAGGUGCUUGUUGUUAAGUCGAGUACUAAUGUGGAGGUGCCUGUUGUUGAUCCGGAGGUUCGGGAGGUGCCUGUUGUUGAUCCGGAGGUUCAACAUACGAAGUCCAUUUUUGGUCAAGUGAAUGUGAUGCAGAUUGCUCUCCAAACCCCUGCUGCUGCUGAAGAGAGUAUAGAGACAUCCCCGACUACGGUAAAUUUUGGAGGAAACCAGUAG